AUAUCAGAGGAUUGUUUUCUCCUGAAUUUCCAAACAUAAAAAACUCUAUAUUAGUUUCCCGUUUGUUCUCCUCCGACUUGUGUUCUUCUGCAUAGCCACGCUACGCUCCCUGUGGACUCAACGGAUCGAGCUCCACAGAGCAACGAAUCGAGAGGCUUCUGGUUGGUUCACUCUUGUUAUCUACAUUUCUAGGGCUUGAAACUCAUCGAAAUCAAACCUCAUUUGAGAAAUUUCUCCAGUUAAAAAUCGUCUUUUUCGUUUUUCUUUUGGGAAUUGGGUGGGUUCUUAAGAAGAGGCAGCUCAAGCAAUGUACAGUGGCUCAAGCGAUGGAGAAGGCACUGAGGCUCUGGCGCAGCGAAAGAUUCCCCCGCCAUCCUCAAUGCUUUGGGUCCGAAACCUCCGAAGAUACAUCGGAUCCGGUGCGGGUCUUGGGUCUGAAGCACUAAUGGAGCUUGAAACAAAAAGAAUAUUGCUAGAUAUUUUUAAGGAGAAGCAACAAAAGAGUGCUGAAGCUGGCACAAUUCCUAGCUUUUAUAAGAAGAAACCUGAAGAGGGAUCUAUUAGUCAUAGAGUUCAGAGGCUGGCAAAAUACCGAUUUUUAAAGAAACAAUCUGACCUCUUGCUGAAUGCUGAUGAUUUGGAUGCUAUGUGGGUCUGCUUAAGAGAGAACUGUGUGAUAGAUGAUGCAACUGGUGCAGAAAAGAUGAAUUAUGAAGACUUUUGCCACAUUGCCUCUGUCUGUACAGAACAAAUAGGACCUAAAUGUCGCCGCUUUUUCAGUCCUUCAAAUUUCAUGAAGUUUGAGAAGGAUGAAUCAGGGAGAAUUGCCAUCCUGCCAUUUUACCUUUAUGUGAUGCGUACAGUUUCACUUACUCAAGCCCGAAUUGAUAUGAGUGAGCUUGAUGAAGACUCUGAUGGUUUCCUUCAACCCAAUGAAAUGGAAGCCUAUAUACGGGGCCUGAUUCCUAACCUAGCACAGCUUCGAGACAUGCCAGCAGCUUUUGUGCAAAUGUAUUGCCGUAUAGCUGCACACAAAUUUUUCUUCUUUUGUGAUCCCCAUAGACGAGGUAAGGCAUGCAUAAAAAAGAUAUUACUCAGCAACUGUCUCCAAGAGUUGAUGGAACUUCACCAGGAAACUGAGGAAGAAGUUACUGACACAGAACAAGCUGAAAAUUGGUUUUCCUUGACUUCCGCACAGCGGAUUUGUGACAUGUUUCUUGCUCUUGAUAAAGAUAUGAAUGGAACAUUGAGCAAGCAGGAGCUUAGGGAAUAUGCGGAUGGUACACUAACAGAUAUCUUCAUUGAAAGAGUGUUUGACGAGCAUGUUCGACGUGGAAAAAUUGGAGGCGGCAAUGCCCGUGAAAUGGAUUUUGAAAGUUUUCUUGACUUCGUUCUAGCCCUGGAAAACAAGGAUGCCCCGGAGGGUCUAACAUAUUUGUUCAGGUGUCUUGAUCUCCAAGGAAGGGGUUUCCUAACUACAGCGGAUAUUCACACUCUAUUCAGAGAUGUCCAUCAAAAAUGGAUUGAAGGAGGGAACUAUGAACUAUGCAUCGAGGAUGUAAGGGAUGAAAUAUGGGAUAUGGUGAAGCCGGCUGACCCUUUGAGGAUAUCACUGGCUGAUUUGCUAUCAUGCAAACAAGGUGGCACAGUUGCAAGCAUGCUUAUAGACGUGCGUGGUUUUUGGGCCCAUGACAACAGGGAAAAUCUUCUACAGGAAGAGGAAGAACCCCAAGAAGAGGGAUGAAGGAUUCAAAGAGCCAAUCAUCUGUAAUUGCGCUAACAUCAGAUCCUAGUUUGCAGAGUAGAUUAUCCUAUGUAUGCAGAGAAUUUGGCUAUUCUUAGUUGUGUGAAUGGGAAGUGGCUAACGAUGCUGUCACUAAGGCAGUUUCUUGGAUGCUGAACAAACCUCCAGAAAUUGUGCGUUGAAAUCUCGUAUAGCUGAGAGAUUCCUGUAAUGUGAGAUGGAUACUAAAUCGAAGGUGCAUGUUGCUUGGUUAACUGAGCCAUACCCAAACAAAAUUGAGCAUGUUUUACAAGUCUUUUAAUGAAAAAGCUAUGUGAGGUUUUCCUGCUCUCUUGUAUCA